GCUUAUUUAGCAAUUUUCAACCAUAUACACAAAUUAAUAACCAACUGUAAACUAAUGUUUCAUGGUUCUAGUAUUCUAGAACAUAUAAUAAUAGGUGAGCUGGUGGAGAUUUUUAGUAAUCAUUACUUUCUAACACGAUUAAUGUUAAUUUUUAAAAUAAAUUUGUUAAUUAUUAUAAAGAUAUUUGACAUCAAGUUACAUGAUCUCUUUUGCUUAAAAAAAUAUAUAGUGAUGUAAGGAGAGCAUCAAAUGAAUAGAUAAACAAAUAACAUCUAGAUAUGCAAAAUAUGGAGUAGUGGAUAGUAAAUGUAAAAUAAAAUAAAGUAAAUUACGUCUUCGAGCUAUUUCUCUCCUUCCCUUCGAGUGCUAUAAAUUAAGACUUUUUUGCUAGUUCAAUCACUCACAAAAAAAAAAGAAACAACAAAAGAAGAACUGAGAGAUAAGUCAUGGGGAGCUUAAAGUUGAGCACAGUUGUUGUUACUGCACUAGUCGUUUGUCUCUCCAUCCUCCUCAUAUCUCCUACAGAAGCAGUGGAGGGGAAACUGAAAGAAGAAUGUGAGAAUGUCCCAUAUGGUUUCUGUCCGUUUUGGUUAUUCAAUCCGAGAUCCGAGGAACUUUGCAAGGAGAAAUGUAAGAGGUUUAAGUCAGAAACAUCCGAAUAUUAUGGUGGUUUUUGCACGCCUAAUGGUCCACCUGGGGGAGUGUCUCUCACGGCGACUUGCAACUGCUGCGUUCGGGAAAAAGUCAGCCCUCCUGAAAUAGAAGCAGUGGAGGGGAAACUGGAAGUAUGUGACAAUUUGCAAAUCGGUAUGUGUCUGUGGUAUUUAUGGCCUUGGUAUGAUUCCACUAAAAGAUGCGAAGAGACCUGUCAAAAACAAAAUAACAGCCCAUCGGGAGCAAGAUACCGUUAUUAUGGUGGUUUUUGCACGCCUAUUGUUAGAGGAACUGGAUUCUUUAUCCAUGGGGCUUGCAACUGCUGCAUUCGGGAUAUAAAAAAGCAGGCAUCAUCCUGAUUCCUGAAAUAGAAAGCAUGUGAUUUCAAAAACACACACUUUGUGUGCGUGUUUGUUAGUCUGUUAUGUGUGAGUGUGCAUUGCUGGUGACAUCCGACAUCUAUAUUUGAGUGUUUUGCUUCUGUAUGUACUCGUUUUUCCUCAUUGAUCAAGUUUCAAAUAAAGUUGGAUUUUCUCCCAUAAUAUUAGAGUGUAUUGCUUCUAUUUUGUGUACCAACCAACUACCAAGUUAUUUAUUAACCGUGCAAGUUUUUC